AAUAGACAGGGACAGGCAUGGCAGGGAGGGGAGUGUCAGCUGCUGGACUAUCCCCAUUUCUGUGCAUGAGUGAACAUCCGCUUAUUACAGUGAUGUGACACUUCUGUUUAGGCUGUGCAGGUGUGAACAGUGGCUUUGAACAGUGAUCUGGCUCCUCUAUCUGUCUCAGCAUCCCUUCACACCUGUAAAUAGUGUCAAGCGGUGAGGCAGAGAGCAGGUCCUGUGUCGUCUUCCACCAUUGCCUGCUGCCUAACAUGACCACUUGAACACUCAGAGUAAGGAGAAUCAAGACAUGAACUGAGGUGUUGUCAAGUAUAAAAUAGUGUUACUGAGUUAAGAUCAUGUAUGCAUAUGUAUACAAAAUGCCUAUUUGUUGAUGAAUCUGUAGCUGUUUAGUGAAUAUUCUGGAAUUUUUGUGGUGUGGAAACAUUGGUUGGACAAGUAUUACUUUUCAUAUUAUUAGAUAUUAGAUUAAAGGACAUUAAACUAGUCAAGUACAUAUUUUGUUACCUGGUGAGAAGAGGGCAAAGAACAUUAGGUAAAUCAUCAGAUUCAUAUAUUUAGUCGUACAGUAUUGUUUAUUUCUCAGUAAAAUUAAUGUUUCGGCUACAAGAAGGAAACAUUUUUUGAAGGAAGAGCUACAUGGACUGUAGAAAGUGGCAUUGUAUAUGUAUGGUGCAGGGAUUAUAACUGAAGCAUUGGUUGAAUAAGCUAAUUGUUUUAAAGCUUUUUUGUUAGUCUCUUAAGCUUUGUCUCAUCGAUAUCAUUAUACAUGCAGCUAUUGUUUAUUUAAAAGCUAAAUAUAUCAUACUAAUUUUGGAUAGCUCUUGCCAUCAUCCAUGCUUGCACCCAAAAUGUUUCCAAGAAGAAAUGCCAGAAUCUUAACAGGCAUUGGCUUCCUGACCAUAGCAGGGCUGAUGCUCUAUAAAGCUGUACCCUCUGUUGAUGGUACAAAGAAUCCAAGUGCUGUUCAUGUGAGUCACUCAAAGAGCUCGCGAAGUGAUGGAGAUCUCCUAACGCAGAGUCCGCAACACCUUAGAAAGCAGAAAGAAUAUGAAAGUCAAAUAAUGGCCAACAUCCACAAGAUGACUGCCCAGAAGGCCAAGGAGCGCCGCAUGAACCGGGAUCCAAUGGGAGUCAUCCUGCAGAAAAAAACAAUUUUUGACGGCAUGGGAAGAGUUCGAGAUGUGAAGGAACCAUCAAGACCAGUACAAAAAAGUGUUGUUUUAGAUAACCAGUUGAAACAUAAAAUUGUGCAUUUAGAUUUAAAAGGAGCACCACCAAAAGUGGAAUAUUUCAAGAAAUUAUUUCCUCUUCUUCAUUCAUUUGGUGCCACUGGGUUGCUCAUUGAGUAUGAGGACAUGUUUCCAUACUGGGGCAGGUUGGAAUUUCUUUCGGCCCAUAAUGCUUACGCUAAAGGAGACAUUGCUGAUAUACUAGAGAUGGCAAAGAAAAAUGACCUUAUCAUCAUCCCUCUCAUUCAGACUUUUGGCCACAUGGAGCACGUCUUGAAACUGAAAGAAUUUGCUGAGCUUCGAGAAGUCCCAAAUUACCCUCAAGUGAUCUGUCCAACAAACAACAAAACUUUGCCUCUCGUAAAGCAGAUGAUUGACCAGAUGCUGCAGCUGCACCCUGGCAUUGACUGGCUACACAUCGGCUCAGAUGAAGUGUACAACCUUGGCGAAUGUACCAGGUGUCAAAAGUUUCUUCUCAACCAUCAGUUUGGCAAAAGUGAUCUGUUUUUGCAGCAUGUUAAGAGUGUAGCCAAAUAUGUGAAGGAAAAUUAUGAUGUGCAGCCAAUAAUGUGGGAUGAUGAGUUUCGUAAGGUUCCCCUCAAAGCAAUGCAGGACUCCAAGGUGGGUGAUGUGUUGGAAAUCAUGGUGUGGAAAUAUAGCAGUGGCAUUAUGGUGGAUCUCCGCUCUGAUAUCUGGGAAAAGUACUCCUCGGUUUUCAAUGGUAUAUGGAUGGCAAGUGCCUUUAAAGGUGCAGCCAAUCCUGACAGCUACAUAACAAACAUCAAUGACCGUCUCGGUAACCACAAGGAGUGGAUGGAGAUAUAUGAGAUGUACAAAGGCACCAUUCCAUUCCGAGGCAUUGUAAUGACUGGAUGGCAGAGGUUUGAUCAUUUCGGUGUUCUGUGUGAAUUAUUGCCCCAAGCUAUACCUUCACUGGCAGUGAACUUGAUGUUCAUAAAUGAAAGGAAGGCAGAUCACAGUGCCUUGGUUAGAGUUGGAGACACCCUCAAGUGCAGCUCUUUUAUCAACCUUGACCUUCAGUACUUGGAAUAUGCAAACAAAUGUGAUUUCCCUGGUAGUGCAUUUUUUGAAGUAUCUCAAAAGCUUUACAUUUUGAAGAGGGACAUAAACUCCAUGAUGAAGAACCCUCAUGUGACUGGUUGGGUUUCUGAUUACAACAUCGAGCACAAUUUUGUGAGCCCACAGCAUGCUGAGCAGGGCUUCCAGGACCUCACUAUGCUGCUAUAUGAUUAUGGAAAAGUGAUGAAUGAAGCAGAAACGGCAUUGUCAGAUGUAUUUGAUGAGCACACUGUUAAGGAGUGGAUUGAAUUGAAUGUUAAACCAACUUAUACCAAACUUCAAAAAUUACAUACUUCUGUCUCCAAAUUACAAAAGGUAAAAUAUUGGUCAAGAAGACCUUUGGACUCAGCAGAAACUAAAGAGCUGUGAAUAUGAAUUGUCUGGAAAACAGGAAGACAAUUGUCUCUCACAUAGUCUUAAGAAAAUAACUUAAGGAAAAAGCACAAUGAUCUCAAAAUUGUGAUAUAUGUAUUUGUAAUCCUUAUCAGUAUGCACUGUAAAAAUGUAAUCAUUAUAGAGUAUUUAAUUAGAAUUCAAUUUGAUCUGAGUUAUAUGUAGUUGAUAGUUGUUAAAAGUUAUGUUCUACCAGAAAGUCACAUUGUUUCAUUAUUUUAAUUUUCUUGCCAUAAAGUAUUUUGAAGGUUUAGGGUUUAUUGCAUGUAAUUUGCAUUAUGAUCAUCAUAAUGUGUCACUAGUUGAUGUUGCUUACAUUGAGGUUGUGUUGUCACAUGUCAGGCAGGCCAGAGUUUGGGUGGGAAAGUUAACUAUACAUUUUGCUGUGCUAACCUCACUCAAUACCUUGCUGUGUUGAAGCAAAAGGGAAAGUUCUAAAGGUGACAUGUGACUUUAUUUUAUUGUAAAUCAGUGUAUUUUAAGAUGACAAAGUCUUAUAUACAUGUGUAUGCAGAGCUGACUGGUGCUUAGUUGAUGUCUGCCCAUCAUUAAAUAUGUAUGUUGUAGACUCAAUCAUUGACAUUGCUGUUACCAGAGGUCAAUACUGAGGGCUAGGGAGAGCGCUUCACUUUGUGUCGCUGUAUUAUGCAUUUUAUACACACAUUUUAUAUUGAUAGCUUUGGUUUUCAUUAUGUUAAUUGUCUCAUUAUAUAUAUAUAUAUAUAUAUAUAUAUAUAUAUAUAUAUAUAUAUAUAUAUAUAUAUAUAUAUAUAUAUAUAUAUAUAUAUAUAUAUAUAUAUAUAUAUAUAUAUAUAAUAAUUUAUGGCCACUUGUAUAUUCCUUGCUCUUGUGAUAUUGAUUGAAGGGUCAUGUUCCUGAUCUUUCUUUUGGUAAAAGAUUGAGUCAAUCAUGAAAUUGAAGUAAUUAUUAUCUGUUAAUUAGUGACUGUGUUGGGAAUUUGAUGUUGGUGCAAUAGUAGUGUUACUGCUCCAUAUUGUUCAGCAGUAUUCCUCUUGUGUUGGGCUUCAGUGUCUGUUAAAGUAUUGUGUUGUUGGCAGAUGGUGUGUUCACUGAGGAAUUUUGUUCCAAAUCCAUGCAGCUCAACCAAGAUCACUUUUCAUCUCACUGCAUCCCAGCCACAGCUCCUGAUGAAAUUGCUAGUCAGUGGUCAAUAGAAUGGCACAACAUACUUGUUUUUAUCAUUGAGAACUCCAGGGUGACACAAGGGGUGUACACUGGGAGGAUUUCUGUCUUGGUUGCCCCUUUGGCCUAGAUUUAUUCUUUCUGGCCUGUACAAUGACAUCUCUAGCAUAUCUCUUAUAGUGCAGAGUUUCAAAGUUAUCAUAGCUGCUCUCUUUUUCCUGUUAAGUUCUUGUGCUGCCCUAGCAUGAAGAGCUGCAGUGACUUAUGUUGAAGUAUUUUAUUUUAUUCAGCACUGCUGUACUCUGUACCGUGUAGGGUCAUCUCCGAGGUAGAAUAUUCGGAAACUCCCUCUAGACAUUUUCUGGUUGUGCCCAUGAAUACAGCAGGAAAAAUGGAAUACAGUUGAAAAUGAACUAGACAUUUAGUAUUGUUUCCAGUUAUAGUCUGACACAAAUAUGAAGUCUGUUUGCGUGGGUCCGACUCCUCUCCCCAGUGCUGACGCAUUACCCCCAGUACAUCACUCAUUAGUCAGCUGCUAUUUACUAGUAAAAGUUGUGUAUUAAAUACUCUGUAUGUAUUAGAUAAGGCUAUAUAGUGCUAUGAAUGUGUUACAUUUUAGCAUAACAGCAAUGAAUUGUAUAAAUUCCAUAACACGUGACAACGUUGUUUUCCAACGUCAGCAGAGAGUGGUCAAGGACACCAUGUCACUUCCUCCUUCACCUUCACCCGCGAUGGCAGCUGCUCCGACUCACUCUCGUGUGCUCCAACGUUGAGAGGAAGAACUUAUUUACGGUGUGAACGAGUAUUUUUUGAGAAGCAAAGGCUAAUGGAGACUAUAGUAUUUCCACCUUCAAGGAUAGGUUUGACCAAGAUCUAAGUAGACAAGGUCAGCCGGCGUGGGGAUGACUCUGAGUCCAGUUUGCGCAAGGACGUCACGUGAGGUCCAGCACGAGGCUUGGCCUGAGCAGGGUUCCGCGCGCUGUAAAGUCCAGCCAUUUACACAACCCUUCCUUUCAGUUUUUACUUCAUACAUCCUACGUAUAUAUUUUUAUUGUAGUCUGUUGCAAAAUGUUCCCAGCUUACAACAGCGUUUUUGGUAUGGAUUGGUCACUUUGGCGAGACACAUUAAUCCACCCUUUUUAUGAAGUGCUUGUCUUUUGGAAAGCAGAAAUAUCUAAUAUGUUUCUCACCCACUAUAGAGUGUCUAUUGUUACAGCCAAAUACUGCACACUGAGUUGUUAUGAUAAUUUGUAAUAGUUGCUACAACCCCUCAACAUGCAUCCUAUGUAGUAUGGAGGUAGACUAAGAGCCUGUACAUAGGGAAUGGAUUUACUCCACUCCCUACAUGGAAACGGCCUAGCGCUGCUCCUGCCUUGGACCUCAUGUGACAUCACAGCCACCUGGUACCUGCUUGAGCUGCCCUGUCCCGGGUGACCUUGUCUAUUUAGAUCUUGGGUUUGACAAUGCUGUGGCGAGGAAAUACUCUGUGUGGGCCCCCUGAAAUGGACUUCAUAGCUGAGUCAGGCCACAGUAAAACUGAUGACAGUGUGCAAGGCCUCUUUGUACAUAUUUGAAAUUUGUGUGUAACUUAUUUUGAGUGUGUGAAAUGAGUACAUAUUAUUUUGUCAGGUGAUCAUUAUCAUCAUAAUUGCAUUACCAACAUGUUCACCUGAAACCUUUGGAAUGAAAAAAAUGGAUGAACAAUCAGAGCUUUAUUGCAUUACACAAUAUUCUAACUAACCAUUGCAUAAAUGCCUCAAGUUCAAACUAAUAGCUGGUCUUAUUAUCACUAUUUGCUUUACCUUUGUUUUAAACAAAUUAGAUUAACUUUUGUUAGCAAUAGAUUUUUUUUUAUCAUAGUGUUACAUAUUAUAUAAUGGUAAUGAUUGGCAUGAAUAAAAAGAAAACAUUA